UGUUAGUCAAUGGUCAGGGAGUUGGAAUUAGCAACGAGGAAGCGCUAGCACCGUGCUGCCAGUAGUAACAGGACACAAGUCCAAUCAAGUGGCAAAGAGGGACCUGAGCUCUGCUGAGGGUUAAGGGAAGAGUGAGGUUUGGAUGGGACUGAGGGGACCCCCCCCCCACCGCGCACAGUAGCGUGGAAGGUCUUGAGGGGGAGGGUUGGGGAAGUGGAUUAUCAGACUCAUUAAAUGCUCACUUAGAUUCCUUACGCUCUGAUGGGAUAGACCUGAAUACCUUGCGUCAUGGGCAACACGGCCAUGUGUAAGGUGUGCGGCUCGGACAAGGGCCUGAGGACGACAGGGAACCAAUCCAACCUGGACCAGAAUCCUGCCCCAGAAUACUACUGUGUGGAGCAUUAUCCUGAGCAGCCUCCAUUGACGGGGUCGGACAGUAACACCAGUUUCCUGCGAGCAGCAAGAGCAGGGAACAUCGACAAAGUUUUGGAAUACCUGAAAGGAGGAGUGGACAUCAGUACGUCCAAUCAGAAUGGUCUUAAUGCACUGCAUCUGGCAGCCAAGGAGGGCCAUGUGGAUCUGGUCCAGGAACUGCUGGACAGAGGUGCAGCGGUCGAUUCAGCCACUAAGAAGGGAAACACAGCACUUCACAUAGCCUCUCUCGCUGGUCAGGUUGAAGUUGUGAAGAUCCUGAUCAAACGAGGAGCGGACAUCAACUCUCAGUCUCAGAAUGGAUUCACUCCCUUGUACAUGGCCGCUCAGGAGAAUCACAUGGAUGUGGUGCGAUACCUUCUGGAAAAUGGAGGCAACCAGAGCACUGCUACAGAGGACGGCUUCACCCCUCUGGCCAUCGCCCUCCAGCAGGGCCACAACCAGGUGGUUUCUGUCUUACUGGAGAACGAUACUAAGGGCAAGGUCCGCCUGCCUGCCUUGCAUAUUGCCGCUCGCAAGGAUGAUACCAAGUCGGCGGCCCUGCUCCUCCAGAACGACCACAACGCCGAUGUCCAGUCCAAGAGUGGAUUCACCCCCCUGCAUAUCGCCGCCCACUAUGGAAACGUCAAUGUGGCCACCCUCCUGCUGAACCGAGGGGCAGCAGUCGACUUCACUGCGAGGAAUGGGAUCACUCCGCUACACGUGGCCUCCAAGCGUGGCAACACUAACAUGGUUCGUCUGUUAUCGGACCGUGGGUCACAGAUUGAUGCUAAAACGAGGGAUGGUCUCACGCCGCUCCACUGUGCGGCUCGGAGUGGACAUGAUCCAGCUGUGGAGGUGCUGCUGGAGAGAGGAGCCCCCUUAUUGGCCAGGACCAAGAACGGACUGUCUCCUCUCCACAUGGCAGCGCAAGGGGAUCACGUCGACUGCGUCAAACAUCUUCUGCAGCACACGGCGCCUGUUGAUGAUGUCACAUUGGACUACCUGACAGCGCUCCAUGUGGCGGCGCACUGUGGUCAUUACAGAGUCACCAAGCUGCUGCUGGACAAGAGGGCCAACCCCAACGCCAGGGCUCUGAAUGGCUUCACUCCACUGCACAUAGCCUGUAAGAAGAACCGCGUAAAGGUGAUGGAGCUGCUGGUCAAGUAUGGAGCCUCUAUCCAGGCCAUCACAGAGUCUGGUUUGACUCCCAUCCACGUCGCUGCCUUCAUGGGUCACCUGAACAUCGUUCUGCUACUGCUGCAGAACGGAGCUUCGCCGGACGUCAGCAACAUUCGUGGAGAAACAGCGUUACACAUGGCAGCCAGGGCAGGUCAGGUGGAGGUGGUUCGAUGUUUGCUGAGGAACGGAGCAAUCGUGGACGCCAGGGCUCGGGAGGACCAGACACCCCUACAUAUUGCAUCCCGUCUGGGAAAAACUGAGAUUGUCCAGCUGCUGCUCCAGCACAUGGCCCAUCCUGAUGCUGCCACAAACAACGGCUACACCCCCCUCCACAUCUCCGCCAGGGAGGGGCAGGUGGAGACGGCCUCAGUGCUGCUGGAGGCUGGGGCUUCUCAUUCCCUGGCCACCAAGAAAGGUUUUACCCCCCUACACGUGGCCUCCAAGUACGGGAGCCUGGAUGUGACCAAACUUCUGCUCCAGCGUAACGCUCCACCUGAUUCUGCUGGAAAGAACGGCCUGACCCCGCUCCACGUCGCCGCACAUUACGAUAACCAAAAGGUUGCACUCCUGCUUUUGGACAAAGGAGCGUCCCCCCUCACAAUGGCCAAGAAUGGCUACACUCCUCUCCACAUCGCUGCCAAGAAGAACCAGAUGGAAAUCGCCACAGUUCUGCUGCAGUACGGAGCCGAGACCAACAUCCUGACCAAGCAGGGCGUCACCCCGCUCCAUCUGGCCUCCCAGGAGGGCCACGCCGGUAUGGCCGCCUUGCUCAUGAGCAAGGGAGCCCCGGUCAACGUUCCCACCAAGAGUGGCCUGACUGCCCUCCAUCUGGCAGCCCAGGAAGACAAAGUGGCUGUUGCCGAGAUCCUCGCCAAAAACAGCGCCAACCUCGACCAGCAGACCAAAUUGGGAUACACUCCGCUGAUUGUAGCUUGUCACUAUGGUAACGUCAAGAUGGUCAACUUCCUGCUGCAGAAUGGAGCCGGUGUCAACGCCAAGACCAAGAAUGGAUACACUCCCCUUCACCAGGCGGCCCAGCAAGGCAACACACACAUCAUUAACGUUCUGCUGCAACACGGCGCCAAGCCCAACGCUAUAACUGUGAAUGGUAACACUGCUCUGGGUAUUGCUCGGAGGCUGGGCUACAUCUCUGUGGUGGACACGCUGAGGGUCGUCACAGAGGAGAUCAUCACCACCACCACGACGGUGACAGAGAAACACAAGCUGAACGUGCCAGAGACCAUGACUGAAGUGCUGGACGUCUCCGAUGAAGAGGGCGACGACACGAUGACAGGCGAUGGAGGGGAGUACCUGAGGGCCGAGGACCUCAGGGAGCUCGGAGACGACUCCCUUCCCGGUCAGUACCUGGAUGGAAUGAACUACCUCCGCUUCAGCCUGGAGGGAGGACGCACUGACAGUUCAGACAGAUCCUUCACCCCCACCUACCAAAGCUACUACUCCCCUAAACAUGAAGGCAUGAUGGAGGAUAUGCUCACCAGCCACCAGGUUACAUCACUUGCCAGGGAGAAUGACAGGGAUUCAUACAGACUGAGCUGGGGAACAGAGAACCUGGACAAUGUGGCGUUAUCCUCCAGCCCCAUCCACUCUGGCUUCCUGGUCAGCUUCAUGGUGGAUGCCAGGGGUGGAGCCAUGCGCGGCUGCCGACAUAAUGGCCUGCGCAUCAUCAUCCCGCCCAGGAAGUGCAGCGCGCCCACACGGGUGACGUGUCGGCUGGUGAAGAGGCACCGUUUGGCCACCAUGCCCCCGAUGGUUGAGGGUGAAGGCCUGGCCAGCAGGCUCAUCGAGGUGGGGCCCUCCGGAGCCCAAUUCCUCGGUCCUGUGAUCGUGGAGAUCCCCCACUUUGCCGCCCUGCGGGGGAAGGAGAGGGAGCUGGUGAUACUGAGGAGUGAGACAGGGGAAAGCUGGAAGGAGCAUCACUGUGAACACACCCAGGAGGAACUCAACCAGAUACUCAAUGGCAUGGAUGAGGAGUUGGACACAACGGAGGAGCUGGAGAGGAAGCGCCUUUGCCGCAUCAUCAGCAGAGAUUUCCCACAAUACUUUGCUGUGGUGUCACGCAUCAAGCAGGACAGUAAUAUGAUUGGUCCUGAGGGAGGCAUCCUGAGCAGCACAGUUGUUCCCCAAGUGCAGGCAGUUUUUCCUGAGGGGGCCCUCACCAAGAGGAUCAGGGUCGGACUGCAGGCCCAGCCAGUGAAUAUAGAUGUAGUGAGGAAGAACUUGGGGAACAAGGCGACCUUCAGCCCUAUUGUCACCCUGGAGCCCCGCAGGAGGAAGUUCCAUAAACCCAUCACCAUGACCAUCCCUGUUCCCAAGAGCAACUCCGACCCAGUCCUUAACGGGUUUGGAGGGGACACGCCCACCUUACGCCUGCUCUGCAGUAUCACUGGUGGAACAACGCCGGCCCAAUGGGAGGAUAUAACAGGAACCACUCCGUUAACAUUUAUCAAUGACUGUGUUUCCUUUACCACCAAUGUGUCUGCUAGGUUCUGGCUCAUAGACUGUCGGCAAGUCCUGGAAUCUGUCAACUUCUCCACCCAGGUGUACCGAGAGAUCAUCUGCGUCCCUUACAUGGCCAAGUUCGUCAUCUUUGCCAAGACCCACGACCCCAUUGAGGCCCGCCUGCGCUGCUUCUGCAUGACAGACGACAAGAUCGAUAAAACCCUGGAGCAGCAGGAGAACUUCACUGAGGUGGCCCGUAGCCGCGACGUAGAGGUCCUGGAAGGAAAACCAAUCUAUGCAGACUGUUUUGGAAACCUUGUUCCCCUCACCAAAAGUGGCCAACAUCACCUCUUCAGCUUCUUCGCCUUUAAGGAGAAUCGUCUAGCACUCUUCAUCAAAAUAAGAGACAACACUCAGGAGCCGUGUGGCCGUUUGUCCUUUAUGAAAGAACCGAGGAACUACAGGUCAAUCACCCAGAAUGCUAUAUGCAAUCUCAACAUCAACCUCCCAUCAUACUGUAAGACCAGCAGAACGCAAGAGAAAUUAGACCCACAGGAUGAAGCAGAGAGAAAAGAGCAACGGUUGGCCAUUAUAGCUGACCACUUGGGCUUCAGCUGGACGGAGUUGGCACGAGAAGUGGAGUUCAGUGAGGAGAGGAUAAACCUGAUAAGGAUUGAAAACCCCAACUCCCUACAAGACCAAAGCCAUGCCCUCUUGAAACUCUGGGCAGACAGGGAGGGAAAGCAUGCCACAGAAUCAACACUGAUCGAAAGGCUGACAAAGAUCAACCGAAUGGACAUUGUUCACCUCAUUGAAACCAAGUUUAUCAAGUCCACUCAGGAGGAGACGUCCUCACACACCUAUGCAGAAAUUGAGCGGACAAUAGCACUGGAUCAUAGUGAAGGUUUCUCUGCCCUUCAUGAAGACAUUGACAGCCCUCGGCCAGGCAGGCGCACAGGGACAGCAAGUAGGAGUCCAGGCUCAGGACAGGAGGUACCCAUGGUGACAGCAGAGGACCUGUCCUUCAGUAUGUCAUCACUUCCUGAGACGACAGGAGGCUCAGAGACAGACUCCGCAGCAACAGGCCUUCUUAGAAAUGCUCGGAAGGAGAAAUUACAAAAAGAAAUGGAAAUGAAAUACUCAUCACAAAGAAUAUAUGAGGAAAUGAAGGACUCGGUACACACAGGCGGUUUUAAACAAGCUGACAACCUGCCAGAUAUCCCACCACAGACUGUCACAGAGGAGAAGUACACCGACGAGCAAGGGAACAUGGUGACUAGGAAGAUCACACGGAAGGUGAUUCGUAAGUACGUGUCUGCGGACGGCAUGGAGUCACAGGAAGUGACCAUCGAGGGCUCUCACCAGGAGACAGUGCAGAUCGAGGAGGGAGACACCGUGUCCAGAGUGGUGAAGAGAACUGUGCUUCACAGUGAGGGCGAUCAGAAAGAGCUGACAUUCUCCGAGCCCCGGCCCCCGGGCGCUGCCACCGCAUCCGAGUUUGAGAUGGAGCCAGUGCAGGGUCGAAAGGUCAGCAAGGUUGUCAAGACAACGGUGGUGAAAGGCAAGAGGAUGGAGAAGCAGACGGGGGACCCCUCGCUGGCUGCAGACCUCCCCUCAGCCAGAGAGGACUUUGAGAAGAAGCCACAUGCGUAAGUCGAGAACCCAGAAGAGGACGGUGGUGAGGGACGCCCGGGGGAAGCAUGUGCACCUGGAGCGGCUGGAUGACACCCCCGACGCCCAGC